GCCAGGCAAAGUUGCGCUCUCACUCGCUCACACCUCUCUCCAAUCUAUUGUGCCGUGUGUAUCGUUGAGUGCUCGAACGAGAGAGUUUCGUGUGUUCGUUUCGUGUGCGUAUAUGUGUGUGUGUGUGCACGCCGAUAGGCAGCAGCAAAAUAAGCAGCGUAGUUAAGCGAAGCAGAGGCCACAAAGCCAAUUGCGCAUAGAACAAGCACAGAAGCACUUUUUCAAGCGCAGAGAAGUUUGAAAUAAAGAGCAUAAAAAACAACUCUAAUUACUAAAUAAACAAGACAAAUAAAAAAAACAAAAUACAAAAACGGUUUAAAACAAAUUAACAAAAACAUAAUCGGGCCAAUCGAAAGAACGCAGUAAGUUAAUUAACAGCAACGAAGACAACGACGACGUUACCGUUGUGAAAAUGGUAAACAAAUCCAAUGGCAAGCAAGCGAAGGCGGACAAGGACAAACCGGCGACGCAGACACAGCAACAGCAACAACAACAACCACAACAACAACCACAGCAGCAGCAACAGGUGCUGCAAACUAACAAGAGCAACAACAAUCAAAUGAAAACUACAGAAAAGACCAAAAAUGCAGGCAACAAAAAUAAUAAUAACGCAGCGCGUCCAAAGAAUAAAUCACAGCAACAGCAAACACAGCAGCAGCAACAACAACAACAGCAGCAUCAACGUUCCAGCAAAAAGGCACGACCCCAAAGACAACAGCUCUUCAUACAGCCAUUAACACGCAGUAAUAGCAACAACAACAAUAACAACAGCAAUCAACAUUCGCUGCAACGUCAAACAUCCACACAAGAUGCUGUCAACAAAAGCUCCAACAGCAAAAGCUCCAAUAAAACGGCAGCAACAGUAAUAGCAACAACAACAACAGCAACCGCAACUACAAACACAAACACAAACAAUACUGAGAAUGCCGUUACUAAAGUAAAUCCCGCCGAUUUGUUGACCGCCGCUUUAGCUGUGCCCUGCGCCAAGUGCUCGAAGCCAGCCAUGUUGUCCUCUCUGUUGCCCUCAUCGGCCCUGCCGAGCAGCGCCAGUUCGGAUAUGAGCAGCAGUAGCUAUAGCAGCAUUGGCAGCGAUCAAUUGCAGCUGGAAACGUCCGUUGUGUAUACGGGCAAACAAUACCGCAAAUCCAAAUCCUACAUGGGUGCUUCACAGUAUGCAAACAAAUCGACAGCUGGCAACAGCAACAACAACAGCAACAACAGUGGCAACGGCAGCAAUCAUGUGCCUUAUAGACGUUCGCAGAGCGAUCGUCGCAAUUCGUUCGAUCGCACAUUUGCUGAACGUAAUCGUGAUUUUGUGCCCAUCGUACAGCCGCUGAAACCCGUGCUCUCCUCAUCGAACAUUGCGGGUGUUAUCGCCAGUGCCAGCAAGCUGACCAUUAUAGAACGUUUCGGCAAAGGACGUGUCGCCUAUCCCAUAAUGCAGUGCGGGACACUAGACGGAGCCGCCGAACCGUUAUUUCAUCAGCAACGCAACAACAGAAUGGACGUCUACCAGAUCGACGAUGGUUUCCACUCGGAUGGCGGCACCGAAACCCCUCCGCCAUCGCCCAGCUCGGGCUCCUCGAUUGCCUCGACCUCGGACCACGGAUCGUUGGAGAGUGUUGACACUGGAGGCACACAACGCUUGGCUGUGCUGUCAUUCGAACAGGUGCGCAAGCUGCACAAUGUGAUGGACGAGAAGGUGGCCAUCCAUGGACGUGGGAAUUUCCCAACGCUGGAGGUGACGCUGAAGGAUCUGGUGAAUCUGGUGCGUCGCAAGCUGGAGGCGGAUGUGAACAGUGGCGGUGCCGGGGUGCUCGUCAAGGAUAUACGCUUGAAUGGCGGCGCCGCUAGUCAUGUGCUGGCCAACGAGGAUCAGCCGUACAAUGAUCUGGAUCUGAUAUUUGCCAUUGAGCUGAGCUCGCCGCGUGUCUUUGAUCGCGUCAAGACCGCCGUGCUGAACACACUGCUCGACCUGAUGCCCGAGGGCGUCUGCAAGCGUCGCAUCUACACGUGCUCCCUCAAGGAGGCCUACGUCGGCAAGAUGGUCAAGGUGAACAACAACAACGAUGGCGAUCGCUGGUCCCUCAUCUCGCUGGGCAAUUCACCGGGUCACAAGAAUGUCGAACUCAAAUUCGUGGACACAAUGCGACGACAAUUCGAGUUCUCUGUGGACUCAUUCCAAAUUGUGUUGGACUCGUUGCUGUUGUUCUACGAUUGUGCCGCACUUCCCAUAUCGGAGAAUUUCUACCCGACGGUGGUGGGUGAAUCGGUGUACGGCGACUUUCAGGAGGCACUGUAUCAUUUGCAAAAGAAAUUGAUCUCAACACGACAGCCGGAGGAGAUACGCGGCGGCGGUUUGCUCAAAUACUGCAAUCUGCUGGUGCGCAAUUACACCGCUGUCGAUUCGCAGCUGAUCAAGACACUGGAGCGUUACAUGUGCUCGCGGUUCUUUAUCGAUUUUCCGGACAUCAAUACGCAGACGACAAAGCUCGAGGCCUAUUUGCGUAAUCAUUUCUGGGGCGUCGAGGAGGAGCCGCUGCAAUACGAGUACCUGAUGCAUUUAUACAAUGUCGUCGAGAUGUCCACCGUCUGUCUGAUGGGCCACGAACGUCGCCAGACCCUGUUGCUCAUCCAUUCGCUGGCCAACCAGGUGAAGCAGGCCCAGGAGCAUCAGUAUCAGCAACAACAACAGCAGCAACAUCAACAGCAGCAUCAUCAACAGCAUCAUCAGCAUCACCAUCAGCAACAGCAUCAGCAGCAUCAACAGCAACAGCAACAUCAUCAUCAACAGCAGCAGCAGCAACAACACCAGCAACAGCAAUACCUUCAACAGCAGCAACAACAGCAGCAGCAGCAACUGGAGGCGGGGCAGACGCCGGUGCUGGCAUUGGUCGCAUCGUCGCCAACACAAACGCCGCAAACGCAAACGAUCUACGUGCAACAGACGGCGCCAGCCAGUGCAACCAUCUGUUGCAGCACAGCGCCACCAACAGCAGCAGCAACCGCAGCGGCAGCAACAGUGGCAGGCACAACAACAGCAACAGUGGCAGCAGUAGCAGCCGCUGCUGAGACGUCGCAAACACAGACCAUACAGAUACAGGCGGGGCCGCCGGGUCUCAUCUAUGCCAAUGGCGUCUACUAUGCACCUGUGAUUCCCAGCACCAUUUGCACGUGCAACUCCACCUGGUUGAGCACGUGAUUGGAGCAGCAACAACAACAACAGCCAGAGCAACAGCAACAGCAACAAGAGAACACCAACAACCAUAGCAACAACAGCAACAACAACAACAACAGUAAGAGCAACAGCAAUAGCAACAUUAAUAACAACAGCAACAGCAAUAGAGAAGCACUCGAUGUGGCAGCCACAGGCAGCUUGGUGUUGACACAGCAGCAGAUUAGCAAUUUGCCCGUUUACAGUCUGAAACAACAGCAACAGCAACUACAGCAGCAACAGCAACAUCACAAUCACAGCAAGCUAGAACAACAACAGCAACAACAACAACAGGAGCUGCUGGGCACGUACAGUGGACAGUUUGCAUAUUUUUAUCCUCACGAUGGCUCGUCGCCCAGUUUGUUGCUGCUUGGCAAGGACUCGUAUUUGCAUGUCACGAAUCUUUAAAACUUUACACAGCUUCACACCCAACUCUGUUGUUCCUUCUGAUGAUGCUGAUGAUGAUGAUGAUGUUGUUCAACUUUGAUGAUAAACUGACCGCUGUUAGAAGAAGAAGAGGAGCAACAAAGACUAAGCAGGCAACAACAACAUCGAUGGGCGAAGAGAGUGAAGACCGAAAACAAAGCCCAGCAGCAGCAGCAACAGCAACAGGAGCAACCAUAUAACAGCACUUGCAGCCAUCUCAACAAGAUUUCUACAACAAUUUAUAACAACAACAAAAGCCAUUCACAAUUUAUUUUCCAAUAUUUUUCCAAUUUUUGCGCCGCUCAAAAAAAUUUCCUUGUAUUGAAAAAAAGAAAGAAACACUCGAAAUUUGUAUACUACUGAAAAACCUUAUUACCGAUUAUCAUUGAAUUUCUUCAUUUCUAAUUCUACACCUCCUUCCUUCACCCCCUCUUCUCUCUCUUUUCCCCGUACACAUUCUCUCAUUUUGUAAUAAAAAAAAAGAAAAAAACGUAAAAAAUUGCGGCGCAAAAAAGCACACACAAAAAAAAAAACAAAUCUUGCAUUAUUAUCAUUUGUUGUUGCUCGAAUUUCAGCUCAUCCAACACACACACACACCUCCUAGCAUCCCUCCAAAAAAAAGAAAAAAGAAAAGAAAACACAAAAAAACAUAUAUUUAAUUAUAGAAUUUCUCUCUGAAUUUGUUCGUAUUGCUUUAAGCGCGUGAAGCGGCCUCUGAACCGUCGCCUAGAAAUUCCAAUCAAACUAUCUACGUACAUAUAUAUAACAAAAAAAAUACCAAUAUACUAAAAAGCAAAAAAAAAAUACAUAUAUUUAACGAAGAAAAAACGUAAAAAAUACUUCUACAAAAAAAGAAAAGCAUGAUCAUGAUGAUGAUAAGGAUGAUGAUGAUGAUAGAAGUGCAGAAAUUAUGACAUAUAUGCGUAAUGUAAAUAAAUAAAUCAAUAAUAUCAUUAGUCAAAUUUUAGCUGUCGAAAUUGACAAAAGUAAAAGUAAAAGAGAGAGAGAGAGUUGAAACCACAACAAUGAAGAUGAAAAAAAACUGUAUUUAUAUAUUGUAUAUGAUUUAAGAACUCUUAAGGACUCUAUAGAACUAACUGUACAAUCAUUAGAUUCGGCAAUUCAUCACAGUGCAGUUUUUUGUUUUUUUCUUUUCUCUAAACACAAAAUGUAUCUCAGCGUAAGACGUUUUGCUCAAUGGAAAGUUCGGGAAAACGAGAUUCGAAACUUACAAAUUACAAUCUCUAUAAAAACAAAAACAAAACGAUAAUAACAAGAAAACAUAAAGAAAUAUAUAUGUAUAAUUUUUUUACUUGAAACAUUUUUAUAGAGUUGCCGAGAGAAGGAAGAAAAAAAAAUGGGGAUAAAGUUUGAUAAACAAAUUUUCAGUGUUUUCUAAUUAAAUGUGUAAAACUGUAAACUGUAGUUGAUAAACAAACAAAAACAAAAAAGGAAUGAUAUAUCUAAAAUAAUACAUAUUGUACUAUAUCUAGUGAAGUUUAACAGCAGCAGCAACAUGAUGAUGAUUGAUUGAUUGAUUGAUGUGAUGUGAUGUAAUGUGAGUGACUGGAGUUUGGAUUGAUUGUUCGUUUGUUUGUUUAAACUGCUGGGUGAUAAUUUAUGAAUGAUUCAACUGAUAUACAUAUAACGCAUAUUAUAUAUAUAUACAUAUAUACAUCUAUCUAUCUAUCGAACUAUCUAACUAUCUAUCUAUCUACAAAUAUAUUUAUAAUCCAACAAAAAACAUAAAGAAUUGAUGGAGAGUUCCGGAACAUCAUAUUUAAAAGAAAAACGAAAAAAAAAACAAAAUCAACAAACAAACAACAAAAUUUUUCGAUAAUUGUAAAUGUACGUAUGUUUAAUCAAUGAAAGACAAACUGCAAGUCCAACCAACAAAUUAUCUAUGUUUCCUGUUAACUCUGUAAACUGUAACUGUAAACUGUAACUGUAACUAUAACUGUAAAUGUAAAUGUAAAUGUAACAUUAACUGUAGUUAACAGUCUACUGUACUGUAAGCUCGACUCUGGGCGUUUUACUUUUGUGUACUUUUCAAUUUAGUUGUAACAACUCGGAAGCAACUGCAAUUGUGUUUGAAUUUUUGUAUUGUAUUAACUUUAGUUUAAAUUUGUGACAUAAUAAUGUUUAUAAUGCUUUGUGUAUAUGUGUGUAUAUACAUAUAUGUAUGUAUGUGUAUGUAUAUCCUCGAUGUAUUCCAAACCAAGAUAAUUCUUCUUCUGAAACUUUGCUCACAACUGGCUGCUUGAUAUUUUUUGAUAGAACACUCUUCAAAAAAACACAACAAAA